AUGUCAUCAUUCAAUCACGCCGAUAUCAAGCGCAAGGCGCACCUCGUCAGCCGUCAGAGCGGCGAGUCAUGGAACUUUUUCCGCCAUCUGUCAUGGGAUAGCAACAAGAGACGGUCGCAGACCUGGGAUGGCGCCCGACUCGAGGCCCAGCGCGAGGACAAUGUCGCCGGCGAAGAUCUGACCCAUGCGGCGACCUACCCGGCCAACAACAGCAUACCCUUGAGAGACACGUCGACCUCGGGAACCGGUAAGCAGUCUGGCGAAUACAACCACGACCGGCCGCUCAUCGCGCCGCCCGCGACCGACGCCGAUGGCCUGCGCAACCGCGGCAAGGGAGACCGCGACGAGGCCCAGACGGCCGCCGCCGCCGCCGCCGCUGCUGAGGAGCCCAACAACACCAAGCCCGAAAAGAAAAAGUCGGGCCUGAUCCGCCAUGUCCAGCCCAAGGAGCCCUUCACCGUGGCCAACCAGCUGCAGCGCACCCUGCUCAACUCGUGGAUCAACGUGCUGCUCGUUGCCGCCCCGGUCGGCAUCGCCCUCAACUACAUCAAGUCUGUCGACCGCAUCGCCGUCUUCGUCGUCAACUUCAUCGCCAUCGUCCCGCUCGCCGCCCUGCUGAGUUUCGCAACCGAAGAGAUUGCCCUCCGCACCGGUGAGACGCUCGGUGGCCUGCUCAAUGCCACCUUUGGCAACGCCGUCGAGCUCAUCGUCGCCGUCAUCGCCCUCAUCGACCACAAGGUGGCCAUUGUCCAGACCUCGCUCAUCGGCUCCAUCCUCUCCAACCUGCUGCUCGUCAUGGGAUUCUGCUUCUUCUUCGGCGGCCUGCGCCGUCCCGAGCAGUACUUCAACACCACCGUCGCCCAGACGGCCGCCUCCAUGCUGGCCCUGGCCGCUGCCUCCGUCAUCGUCCCGACCGUCUUUGACGCCGCCGCCAACACGCCCACCGAUAAGGUCGCCAAGCUGUCGCGCGGCACUGCCGUCAUCCUGCUCAUCGUUUACGCCGCCUACCUGGCUUUCCAGCUCGGCACCCACCAGGCCGUCUUUUCCGAGCAGAGCCAAAAGGUCCCGGCCAAGCCCUGGAGCAGCGGAUCCGCCAACCACGAUAUCAAGCAGGGCCUCUUGCUGCCCGGCUCCGUCGUCACCCGCGGCAUCGUCAACAAGGAGGGAGAGCCGAAGCUUGUGAACCCCGAGGAUGACGAGGAGGAGGAAGAGCCCCAGCUGCACUUUUACGUGGCCGUUGGUCUUCUCGCCGGUGCUACCGCCAUCAUUGCCCUCUGUGCCGAGUUCAUGGUUGGCUCCAUCGACGCCAUCACUGCUAAUGGUGGCCUGUCCGAGGAGUUUGUCGGUCUCAUUCUGCUCCCCAUUGUUGGCAACGCCGCUGAGCACGCCACCGCCGUCACCGUCGCCGUCAAGGACAAGAUGGACCUGGCCAUUGGUGUUGCCGUCGGUUCCAGCAUGCAGGUCGCCCUGUUCCUGAUUCCUCUGUUGGUCGUCAUUGGAUGGGGCAUGGGCAUUGAGGAGAUGAACCUGAGCUUCGACACCUUCCAGGUCGCCGUCAUGUUUGUCGCCGUGCUGCUGGUCAACUACCUGAUUGGCGAUGGAAAGAGCCAUUGGCUCGAGGGCUGGCUGUUGAUUUGCCUGUACGCCAUUAUUGCCGUCUGCGCAUUCUGGUACCCCGACCAGGACACUGGCGCUGAGUCUUAG